UUUUUGUUCUACUAUAAAUAUUCAAUAAGAAAGUGUCAAUUCGUGCUCACGUUAUGGGGAAGGCUCUAAUUUAAUCGUUCAAAGUGAAAAAUUCUGUGUCAAUAGUAAAAGUGGUACCGGACCUGACGGGCCGAGGGUCGACUUUCGCGCGCGGUGUGAAGCCGCCGCUGUGUUUAUAAGCGCGUAUUUGUAAUAAAAACACAAACAAACAAAGUGAAGAUGAGGUUCGCCGUGUGGUCUCUGAUGGCGCUGGCGUUGGUGGCGGCGGCGUGGGCCGCGCCGCAGCGGGAGGGCGCCGCCUUCACCAAGGAGGCCAUCAAGCAGGCACAGAACACAUUCCUCAUACCCAAAGACGCCGAAAUACAAAAGGUGCAGGAGGGCAUCGAGUUGGCGGCGUACGAGUCGAUCCCCGGCAACCAGAAGAUCGACCUGCGGCUGAUCCUGGGUGACCAGGUGCCCGAGGAGGUGAUCAACAACCUGCAGAGUCAGGUGGACCAGGUCGGCCGUCACUAGGCCGCCCUCAACACGCCCUCACUGUAACAAACAACAUUACAUUACUUGGACACCAGUAAAUUUAGAAGGCGAUAUUAUAAUUACAAAAUUGUGUCAGUAUAAAACAGGCCCGUAUAAAAUCUUUGCCACUACCGAGAUAUGACAAAGAAACUACUACACAAGUCACCUGUGAAAAAAUAUUUAUUUAUCAAAUAUUCGCUGGGACAAAAAAAUUAAAAGGAAGAAUGUUGCAACACAGCAGAAGGUUAUCUGUAUUCCAGAACGUUCUAGAAGUUUCCAGGUUUACUGGUGUCCAGGGGAGGCGAGGCGGUGCUGUCCGCAGAUGUUGACUUAUUUUUAAUUUAUUGGUUACGCAAGUACAAGACAGUGAUUGUGAUAAAAUACCAUCUCUUUUGUAUGUUUGUAAAUAAAAAAAAUAUUGUUAGUAAUAAAGUGGAGAUUUAAGUCCC